AUGAACAGAAAAUUGAAGAUAUUGUGUCUACACGGGUACAGACAAAGUGAGAUCAGUUUCAGAGAAAAAACUGGAGGUCUCAGAAAAGCUUUAAAGUCUCUCGCUGAAUUUGAGUUUAUCAGGGCUCCUAACGCAGUACACGAGGAGGAAAAAAGUUACAGCUGGUUCUACUCCAACCCUGCUACCCACAACAUUCAGACUUACAAUUGCUUAGAUGAGAGCACUGAGGAUCCUGGUUUUGAUGAGAGUGUAGCAUUCAUAUUGGAUCAUAUCUCUAAGAAUGUAAGAAACUUUUAUCACAAGAAUUACCGAUGUAUAAUGUCGUUCAGCCAAGGAGCAUGCCUCACAUCUAUCUUGUGCUCGAUGAAACGUACGGAAUCGUCCCUCUCUGAUCUGUCCUUCGUUAUGAUGUUCAACGGGUUCAGAUCAAGAAUAACAAAACAUGACAAGUAUUACACUGAUAUUAUAGAAACUGUGAGCAGUUUGCACGUGUAUGGGCAGACUGAUGAAGUGAUUCCGCUUGAUAUGAGCGAGAAACUGGUGGCAUGUUUUCAGGAUCCCGUGACUUUCAUACACCCAGGAGGUCAUUUCGUUCCCUCUUCGGCACCGGUUCGGAACUUCUGUAAGGAGUUUCUCCUCAACCAGCUCAAAUUGAAGCACUCUUCUUAGUAGUUGAUACACGUUGUAUACCACUUUUCGGCUGCCGCGCGCGAUCAGAAGAGGUAUACAACGCGUGCAUCAACUUUAAGUCGGUAG